AUGGGGACUUCAACAUCCGACGCCUCUGCUAGAGGUGAGUCGAAGUCCCCGAAGCAGUCAAAGAAAUCCCCUCCCAAACCAGAUGCUCCGACCGACGCAAAAGCCGAACCGUCCGUGAAACCAGAGGUCGCGUCCAAUGCCGAAGCCGCAAAACCCCUUGCGCCUCCUCCUCGACCCGACCAACAACAAGGUACCGACACUCCUGACUACUUCGCGGCCACGGUCGGCGGAUCCCUCAGUCUGGAGCCCAAUCCCUUUGAGCAGUCCUUCGGGGGUGCGCCAGAGACACCAGGAGGCACCAAGUUGCCUUCGGUCGCCGCCUUAACGUCCCCUUCGUCCCUCCUGCCCGGCCCCAACGCGACACCAUUUAACUGGGGUGGAGGCUCGCUGCGGACUGGCCCUCUGAGCCCAGCCAUGCUUUCUGGUCCUGCCAAUGACUACUUUGGUGACACUCAUCUACGCGGCGGCUUUCCUACACCCAACGAGUCCUCUUUGAGGACGGGCUUGACUCCAGGCGGCAGCGGGUCUAUGUUCCCUGCGCCCAGCCCCAACUCCCAAGCCCUCUUUGCCCAGCUUGCCAGCGGAGGCGCGACGCCGAGCACCAUCGAUUUCCAUCGCACUGCUAUGAGCGCGGCUGCCAAGAGAGACCAAGCAAACGGAGUUCAGCGGCCUUCUGGACAAUCCCAACAACCUCCUCAGCAGCAACCGCCCCUCCGGCCCUUUGAUCCUCACGACAACGACGCUGCCAACGGCCUCUUCAUGCUUGCCCAGGGCAGGAACGGAGCCCAAUCCACAAAUCAAUUUGCUGUCGCUCCGGGCGCAGCUAGUCACGCACAUCCAGUUCCCGUUGUCCCCCAGGGUAUGAAUACCUCGCCACAGAUGUCGAGCACCAAUGGUGGCUCGAUCGCCUCCGCUCGGGGUAUGAGCGAAGUUAGUAUGGCCUCGGACGAUAGUGACCAGGCCCGACCUAAUACACGAGGCAAGGGCAAGAAGAACCCGCCCUCCACAAACGGUCGAAGAAAGGCCGAUGAGGCUCCUGCAAAGGCACCCCCGAGCAAGAAGGCCAAGUCUAAUAACGGGCCCAUGCCUAUGUCCAUGCCUGAUGACAUGGAUAUGUCCGACGACGAGUCCAACAUGAAGUAUGAUGAAAACGGAACCAAAACUAAGAUGACAGAUGAGGAGAAGCGCAAGAACUUCCUUGAGCGAAACCGUGUGGCUGCUCUAAAGUGCCGUCAAAGAAAGAAGCAGUGGCUUGCCAACCUGCAGACCAAGGUGGAGAUGUUCAGCACAGAAAACGAUGCUCUGUCUGCGCAAAUCACGCAGCUGAGAGAGGAAGUUGUCAACCUGAAGACACUCCUCCUCGCACACAAGGACUGCCCAGUUACGCAACAGCAAGGUCUCCACAGUGCUUUUAUGUCUCAGGUUGUCGAGCCCUUCAACCCUCAGAUGAAUCCUUAUGGCAUGGGUGCGCCAAUGCCAAAUCAACCGGUCAUGGCUGGCCAGGGUGUCCAACGACGUUUCUCAUAG